AUGGAGAAGCCCAGGAAGAUCGUUGUCGGCGUCCUCCUGCUUGUCCUGUCUGUGGAAACCUGCUUGGCUCAACACUGGUCGUACGGCCUGCAGCCGGGAGGAAAAAGGAACGCGGAAAACCCGGUGGAAUCGUUUCAAGAGAUGGCAAAGGAAAUGGAAAAAUUAGGGGAAGCGCAGAAGACCGAAUGCCCAGGCUCGUAUCAGCACCCCAAGUUCAGCGAUCUGAAGGAAGCCCUGGAAAGUCUGAUCGAAGGGGAAGCUAGACGAAAGAAGAUGUAA